UACUGUCAGUGCAUUUAGUGUCAGUACUUCAGUUUCGAACGAAAACAACAGAUGUUGUGCAAGCUUAAGGAAGGGAUCAGUGGAAGAAUAAAUUUCGUUAAAAUUCCCUUUCCGUUUUGGUCAAAUGAUUGUUACUUAAGUGUAGUAUCAGGUAUUUCCCAAUAUUCCUCAUAAAAAAUCAACGAGAAACGUGAAGAAGGACGUGGAAUAGUGAAAUCGAUAUACUGCUGGACAUAGGGCUUUGAUGACACCUGUCUGAGAUGUCCGUUCGCAAUCCCACUACGCUGAUGUCCAUCAGCAAUGAAGAAAGUUUUGAUUUCCUGUUCAAAAUUGUUCUAAUUGGAGAUUGUGGGACAGGUAAAACCUGCAUCGUGCAGCGCUUUAAGUCCGGAAAUUUCAUCGAAAGCCAUGGCAACACAAUCGGAGUGGAUUUUUCGAUGAAAGCAGUCACAGUGGAUGGGAAAAAAGUUAAGCUUCAAAUUUGGGAUACUGCCGGGCAAGAACGCUUCAGAACCAUAACGCAGAGCUAUUACAGAUCAGCAAAUGGCGUUAUAAUAGUGUACGACAUCACAAAACGUUCCUCCUUUCUCAACCUGCAACGAUGGAUCGACGAAGUACGCCGUUAUACGGCUUCCAAUGUGAUGAUAUUCGUCAUUGGUAACAAGUGUGAUCUAGACGCCAUACGAGAAGUUGAAUUUGCUGAAGCGCAAACAAUGUGCCAAUACAUACCGGAGAUCAUGUUUGUGAUGGAAACGUCGGCUAAGGACAACAGGAACAUUGAGGAUGCCUUCAUGACACUUGCUACCGAGUUGAAGAGGAGGCAUGACAACAUAAGUUCAGAUGAUACAACUGAUGGUAUAACGCUGGGCCAAGGAAUGUCUCUCUCGGUUAGUAAUUGCAGUUUGUGUAGCAGGACGUGAAUGAAUGACGUAUGGAAAUAUGUAAUUGUUGAAUCUCUUCAUGUUAGAGAUGUACCCUAGUGUCACGGACGUAACUGUAUAUAGUAUAAUAAUUUUUAUGGUCUACAGAAUGUAUGAAUUAAUAUAUAUAAUAGUUAUGAAACGUGUUAGAUUUUAUAAAUGGAAUUAUAUUGUAUGUCUCGCACUAUCAGUACGUCAGGUGAAGAUAAAGCAAUACCUAACGUUACGUAGUUAUAACCGUCAUUUGAAAAAGCAUCCAAGAAGCAGCUGAAGGCUAAUCAUUCUUGUAUGUAUGAUUUUAUUACGUACUUGAAUGUUAUGUCUAACAUUGUCUCAACAGCCAUGUCAACACACAUAAAUUAAAAAAAAAAAACAAAUGUAUAAUUUU